GUAAAUUACUGAGGAAAAUUGAAAAUAUUUGAAAUAAAAUGUAGAAUUACUUGAAAUUUGGACAAACCUUGUAUAUAUCUGAUAAAUUUCAGUUCGAGUCAAGUCACUUUCGAAUGACUAUACCUACAUCCGAUCCAGCGACAGACUGCAUUAUAGUAAAUUCCCUCAACGAGCUCACCUUGACUCGAUAUAAAACAGCGAAGAUUGGUAAGCUAUAUUCGUUGUUUGACAAUCACUCCGCAAUCAAGAGGAGAGCUGUAUUGACACCCAAACACAACACUGCGGUUGAUGACGAAAAUGUCCCAAUUCCAAACUUCAAACGUGCAGCGAAACUGAAAUAUGUCAAUUUUCGCUCUAUUUUGUAUCAUUAAAUACUGAAGUGCAAUUCGCGAUUUUUGUGUAGUUUUUUGUGUAGGUUUUUUGUGAAGUUUUUUGUCGAAAUGACGAGUGCAAAAUUGGAAGUUACCAGCGAGAAAACACGUGAUAAGAAAACCAAAUAUCCCUAUUCCGUAUUCUUCAUAGUGAGCAAUGAGUUCUGCGAGAGAUUCUGCUUUUAUGGAAUGCGGAGUAUCCUGACGCUGUAUCUAGUCAAUAUACUAUUAUUUUCAAAAGCAGAUGCCACAGUUAUAUAUCACACAUUUAUUAUGAUGGUAUACUUUUUUCCACUGAUUGGUGCCAUCAUAUCCGACAGCUUCUUAGGAAAAUUCAGAACAAUAUUUUACGUAUCUAUAGUUUAUGCUGCCGGGUGUAUUAUAUUGUCAAUUUCAUCAAUUCCUUCAUUGAACUUGCCCAUGAGAGAAUCAUCGAUAUUUGGAUUAAUUCUGAUAGCCAUUGGGACUGGUGGCAUAAAACCUUGUGUAUCAGCUUUUGGAGGAGAUCAAUUUGUACUUCCAGAGCAAGCAACGUUAUUAGCUAUGUUUUUCUCUCUCUUCUACUUUUCCAUAAAUGCUGGGAGUCUUCUCUCCACUUUUUUGACACCUGUACUCAGAGAAGACGUCCACUGCUUUGGAAAUUCAUCCUGCUACCCUUUAGCGUUCGGAGUUCCUGGAAUACUUAUGAUCGUCGCAAUAGCUAUUUUCGGACUUGGAAAACCAUUGUAUAAAAUCAAACAGCCAGAAGGAAACAUCGUUCUGAAAGUUGUGAAGUGUGUAGGAAAUGCUCUUAAAACAAAAGCAGCAUCGGAUGAAAAGAAAGAACAUUGGCUCGACCAUUCUUCGAAAAAGUAUGGUCAACACUUUGUUGAUGACAUCAAAGCCACACUCAAGGUUCUCCUAUUGUACUUGCCGCUUCCAAUAUUUUGGGCCCUUUACGAUCAACAAGGAACAGCGUGGACUUUCCAAGCAGUUCGUAUGGACGGAAAUAUCGGAUUCUACACAAUUCUUCCAGACCAAUUCCAGCUAAUCAAUCCUCUCCUGAUUAUGGCCUUCAUUCCUAUUUUCCAAUAUAUCGUCUACCCGGUUUUUCAAAAAUUCGGGAUGUUGAGAACUCCUCUCGAGAAAAUGACAUGGGGAGGACUGCUGGCAGCUUUGGCCUUCGCCGUGUCUGCGCUAGUGUCAAUUCAAAUUGAAUCCACCGAUCCAGUAUUACCCAGCGAUGAUUUUGCGCAAAUUAGAUUCUACAACCCAUUACCGUGUGAUGUAACAAUAACGAAAACCGAACCUUGUAGCCUCAAGGAAGACUUGAAUGGUGUGUUGAAACAAAUGGACUACGUUGAAGUUCUGGAUUUGAAAAUGAGAGAUUUGCUAGAAAAAAAUGUAACAAUUACCUACGAAGCCGAGUGCUUGAAAACUAAAUCCCAAGAAAUUAGUCUUUUGGUUAAGGCUGGAAGUACAAUGCUGGCACAUUUCACUUACGAUGGCCUGGUUUCCGGUUAUGAUGAUAUAACAAAGGAUGAUGAUAGUGGAUCCCCGUUUCUCAGGACUCUGAUGAGUAAAUCGGCUUCAGAAGAAAAAUAUUUUGUUUCAUUUUUGAAUAAAGAAAGUGAUCUGAAAACAAUCAACAACACCUUCCUAGAUCGUCUGAAGAUGUCGGCUGGACACUAUCGCGUUAUAAGAACUGAUCAAAUUAAAGCAAAUAACUCUAUGGAAACAAGUGCUCAUAUGAUUCAACUAGCUAAAAGUUCCAGUGAUAUCGAGAUAGAUCUUCGAUUGGGCGGUGUUUACACAUUGAUGCUUCAAGUAGGAGCAAAUGGGGAAAUGAUGGAUGGUAAAUUGAUUACCGUUACCAAGCCAAACUCAAUAUCCAUGCUCUGGCUCCUGCCACAAUACGUUAUUAUAACUGCUGCAGAAAUUCUAUUUUCCAUCACUGGUUUAGAAUUCUCGUAUUCCCAAGCGCCGGUUUCUAUGAAGUCGGUGUUGAGUGCAUCCUUCUUAUUGACUGACUCUAUCGGAAAUCUUCUUGUAGUCGUCAUUGAAGCUGCUAAAUUUUCUGAUAGAGCUUCUUAUGAUUUCUUCUUCUACACUGGACUCAUGGUGGCAGAUAUGAUGGUAUUUUGGUUCCUGGCUCGCAAUUAUAAGUACGUUAACUUCGAGGACAGUGAAGAACAAAUUGGACUUGACAAUGAUAAUAAUUUCGUCAAAUCUAAACAAGAAAUGUGUUCAGAGAACCCAGUAUUCACAAAAAAUCAAGAUGAUUAAUUUUACUGAUCUCGUUAAUUUUAUAAAAUACAUGUAAUAUUGUUGUACAUAGAUAUAUUUAAUUUUAUACAUAUUUGUCUAUAAGAAUUAUAAUUUAUCAAUGACCUGU